UAAAAGCUUUUUUUUUUUCGUUUCCUUUUUUCAGACGGAGGUAGUCCUACUGAACUCCUUACAAGACCUAGGCCGUUGACUCCACCAUCGAUAGAGUCACCGUCAUAUGAACAUGCCUACCAAGUCACACAUGAUUUGGUGACAGAGACAGGGGCAGUUGCUCCGACAUCGUCGACAGUGCCCGUUCAUUCAUUAGAGUCUGCAGCAGAGGGGACAAUGGGAGUCUUAGCCCAAUCAGCAAUUGUGGAAAACAUUGUCCAAGAAUUCGUUCCAGGACUUUCAGCAGACCGAAAUAUGCACCAGCGUUCUGGGAACGUCAAUAUCUACGUCCAAGAGAUGGUCAUCCACAAUCCCAAAGGGAAUAAUCCUCAAGGAAAUACUGCUGCCCCUCUUCCAAUUGCUUCCAUAGUACCUCCUAUGCUACAGCAUGAGCUGCGUUGCCGGUUGAACAGAGAUAGCCCAGUCUUUGGUGACUGGAGGGGUCUUGCCAUUCAGCUGGGACUUGACGACUAUAUACAAUCACUGGAGCAGUGCAAGAAUCCGACUGAAGAACUACUUGUUCUUGCGGAGAGUCAAAAGAAGAUUCAGAACCUUGGGGACUUGGCCAAGGCUUUCGAACGCAUGAAUCGUGGGGAUUGCCAAGAGCUCUGCGAGAACUAUGCGUUCGAGAGAACAAAGUCAGCUGAUCCUCGGAAGGAUCAAAUGGAAGAUGAUGACACAGACACCAGUGUUUAGAGAACUAGCUCAAUCUGUUCCAUAUCACCAUUUAAUUCAGGGUUUAUAUGCCUCGUUAUUCAGACAAACUAUGAAAACAGCAUUAUUAUUAUGAUUGUUGUAAUCCUCCAAGUACCUGUUAUUUGAUUUUAACAAGUCAAAUCAUUAAAUUUGCUCGAAACAUAAUGAAGGUUUACUGUAAGGUUCGUAUUCUCUUGUCCUAUCCAGGGUCUAAAAUCAUGCAUGAAAGAAAACUUAAAUCUCCGCCCAAUUUUCUUGUUUAAAUCACAAAUGUUUAAAUCCAGAGUCGGGUUUAAAUACUAAAACAAUUCGGGACUAUCAAAUUGACCAAACAUUGGUUAAAGAAAUGUUUGUUAGGUAAAUCAUUGUAAACCCAAUAUUGCGUACACCUUAUUUAAUUUGAGUACAUUACACCCAUUAGUGUGUACACUUUUACCCUCUUGUAAUAUGCGUCGCUGCAUCACGAUUAUUACAUUGCUUGCUUUUACAGGAACGAAGAAGUGAGAUUUACUCUUGGCAUAUUUAUCGAUUUUAAGAAAGCAAGUUUGACACCAUUAAUCUAUACUACUAGCAAAACUGUCUAAUCAUGGCAAUCGAGUUUAACCUUUUGCAUGGUUUAAGGACUAUCUUAGUAACAGAUCCAAAUUGUUCGAUGUGAUUAAACGUUAUCUAUAAGAUAUACGAUAAGAUGUGGUGUUCCACGAGGAUCAAUACUAGGGCCAACUCUGUUUUUAUUUAUAUAAUUGAUCUGCCAUCAGUAACUGGUUAUUUCAAUUUGCGGCUGUUUGCCGAUGAUUCUAACAUAACUCAUACUUUUCCAUCUGACCAGGGCGAAAUUAAUGUGGAUGAAGUCAUUAACAACACACGGAAAAGUGGGGCACUGCUAACAAACUUACAAUUAAUUCAAUGAAAACGUAUUUCAUGUUAAUAAGUAGUAGGAGUAAAAAAAUAGGUAUAAACGGUAAACUGAACAUAGCUGGAGAGAAAAUCCAAGAAGUUGAUGUUGCCAUUAAUGAUAGAAAUAUGCCAUGGAAUAGUCAUAUUCGUUAUGUAAAUCAGUGUAUCAGGAGUGCGAUAUUUUGUUCCUAGGCGUACUUUGUCAUUAUCCAUCAUUAUAUAAAACGUGGAUAAAACCACACGGGUGUAAGGGAGCAAUAUAAGGUUAGCCUAUUAAGAAGCAUAUUGUAUUCGUAGAAAAUGGUAGUUCGUGCUUUUUUGCAUUUAGAGAGUGAAGAACUUAUUCAGCUCCAUUACUUUCAUGUUUGAUCUGUUUCAUAAAAUUUUGCCUCAUCUUUUGAUAGAUUACUGUGAUAUUCUAUAGUAAAUUAGCUACUCCACAAGGCAAAGAGAAAGUGAAAAAUUACGUCUGCCAAAAUUUUGAAAGACACAAGGUCGAUUUUCAUUGUCUCUUGUGGCUAGUUACGUGAUUACCUAUUGAUGUCAGAUUCUGUCACAUUUGUUAAAAAAAAAUCAUGAAUAAAUAAUCCGUGCAAAUAGUCUGUAUAAUAUGUAUAAAAAUAUAUUUCACAACAUCAGUUUGUAUCUUGUAAGACAUUGUUAAAGUUAUCUAUUUUUAAUAUAUUGAUUGCAAUGCUUAAUUAUUUUCUUUGUUUUUGUUUUGUUUUCUGAAGUUUACUUGUACAAAAUACAUUGUUUAUCUGUAAGGCGUUAGGAUCGACUAGCACAUUAUGCUAUUAUCCAGCCCAUUUUACCAACCAUUAUUUUCUUAUUCUUGAACAUAUAAAUAUCGUUGAAUGAAAUGCAUGGUACUUAUUUGCUGAUGGUAAAUGAAUCAAUCAACUACAAAAAUCUGAUAAAACUUUUUAAACAUUGACAGGAUUGUAACUAUAAAGCUGAUGUACAUGUACAUGAAAAUAAAUUAACAUCAACUAAAUCACAUAUAAUGAAAUUAAUUCAAAACUUGAAAGUAUUUAGAAAUGGCUCUUUUUUUUUCCUGAUUGAGUUUUCAUAUGAAAGGGUAGAAAUUGAACUUUCCAGAAAUGUGACGUCUCCUUGAAAUUCAGAUACCGCCCGCCAAAUGACUUUUUGGUUUCCUCUCUUCAAAUUUGUUUUGAUCACUCAUGCGUGAAAUAUGCAUCAUAUGAGUUGCAUCAAAUGAAAGAAGAGGAUCUAAGCUUUACAAAUAUGUGUCAGUUAUCAAUUAUACUUCAUGCUCUCUGACGACAACUGAAACAUGUCAAGAUCAAAAAAGGAUUAAACCAAAGAGAUUUCUCACGAGAACACUCACAACGUAAACAUAAUUAUAUCUAGAAAGUCAUCUAUGUUAAAAAUCACUCUCCCUUUCUUUGUAAGCAGAGUGAACUAGUCUUUAUUGACUCUGUUCAUUAAGAGCACUUGACAUAAAGGUGUCGUGAUUAACCAAGUCAUUUUAUUUGUUAUUCAUGCUUCAGCGAAAUGACGCCACCUCUGCAACAAGAAAAACACUUGAGGGCUCCCUAGGGUAGUAGCAUUAAUCAAAAGCAAUGAUGACAGGUACCUUGUUAUGCAUUCACUUUAUGUGCAAUAUCAUUAUCACAAAAUGAGUAAAAGACCACGUCAGUCGCUCCUGCAAAGAGAUCUCUUUU